AUGAAGUCUACACAGAAGGAGCCUCCAAAAUGGUACCGGGGAGCGAAAGUGGCCGAACGAGUGCUUGGGCAAUCGGAUCCAGCUAGAACCCACCAAGAUCCCAAGAAUGCCCAGAUUACCAAGACGCGGUCCCAGCUAGCAAUUCGAGUGUGCCUAGACAGCGUUCUCAGUGAUUGCGUGCACCCUCUCGACCCAGGUGCCGACAUUGAGUGCUACAACUGGCUCAUCAGAGGCAGUGAGCGAGAGUGCCGCCGAAUCGAUGGGUUUGCCGGGCUUUCUCCAGAUUUGAUGUAUUGCCUGGCCAAAAUCACGUAUUUGGCCUCCAUGCGAGACAGACGUCCAUACUCUCUGGCACAACUAGCUACCGCCAACGGCAUCAAGGAUAUACUCAGCAACUUUCGGCAAUGGUCAGCGCUCUCGAACGGCUACAAUACAUUUCAAGAGCUCCUCGACAGCUGCGAGCUGAACGACAAGGGCAAGGUCAACACGGAAGCCAAGGUCACUGAGUUGAUUGGUGAGAGCUACGUUGCUGCCGCACAAAUAUACUUGCAAUGUAGGGUUUUCCGUCGAAGAAGAGAUGACCCUGUGAUCAAGGAACUUCUCGCUCGACUUAUUCUUACUGUGCAGUAUCAACCCAUUUCCGGGCCGUUGUUCACGGCUCAAACCCCGCUUUUCGCUCUUUUCAUCGGAGGUCUCGUGGCCUAUGACCAGCUUGAUAGACAGGCCAUCAAAUCGUGGUUCGAUCCAAUAUGCAAGGGACCCAGAGGCAAUGUUCCUCCUGCUUAUGAGGCUCUCAAACAUGCAUGGAGUUGGUUGGACAGUUAUGAAAGGCGAAGGGGCAAGGUGGCCGAACAGGCAAUGAAUCAUGAGGCAGACGACGGGGGUGCUGGCACUGACGACGAAGAGCACGAGAUUUGGGAGAACAAGGACCCAUGGUGGGAGAAGCUUGUGACAGCGAUAACCUCAAAGUGUGGUCGAAUCAAUCUCUGCUGA